AGCACACCACUCGUGAUGCAGCGGACUUUCUUCCGCCGGAGCGCGCUGCUCGCCCAGCAGACUGCAGCGGCCCUCGAGGGCCCUUUGGCCGCCAGGAGCGCGCCUCUCCUGCAGCGCAUGGAUCGGUCCAUGUCCUCCGUCCCCAUCCCCCCGCCGGCGUGCAUGCUGAGACCGCUCGAGGUUCCGAUGCGCUACUUGUUCGGACCGGGACCCUCAAACGUGCCUCCACGUAUUUUGGCAGCAGGGUCGAGGCCAAUAAUUGGUCACAUGCACCCGGAAAUGUAUGAGAUCAUGAAUGACAUCAAGAGAGGGAUCCAGUACGCCUUUCAGACCGAGAACAACAUGACGAUAGCCAUGAGCGGCUCCGGGCACGCGGCUAUGGAAUGUGCGGUGUUCAACACGGUGGAGCCCGGAGAGAGCGUGCUCGUCGCCAUCAACGGAAUCUGGGGAGAACGCGUUGCAGAAAUUGCAGAAAGAAUGGGUGCCAAUGUACAUAGAAUGGUUAAAACUCCAGGAGGAUAUUUUACUAAUAACGAAAUUACACAGGCCAUUGAAAAACACAAGCCCGUCCUGUUUUUCCUCACACAUGGAGAGUCCUCCGCUGGCCUCUGUCACCCAAUAGAUGGCAUUGGGGACAUCUGCAGAAAACAUAACUGCCUCUUUCUGGUCGACACAGUCGCUUCUCUUGGAGCAGCACCAAUUUUUAUGGACAAGCAAAAUAUUGACAUCCUGUACACUGGCUCUCAGAAGGCCCUGAAUGCGCCUCCUGGCACAGCCCCCAUCUCGUUCAAUGACAGAGCGUGCCACAAGAUGUUUAACAGGAAAACAAAACCAGUGUCCUACCUCUUUGACAUGACACAUUUAUCCAACUACUGGGGUUGUGAUGGCCAACCAGCAAGAAUUUACCACCACACUGGUCCUGUGUCUGGAUUCUUCGGUCUCAGAGAGGGUCUGGCGAUUCUUGUUGAGAAGGGGCUGGAGGAGUCCUGGAAGAAACACAAGGAAGUGGCAUCCUAUCUGUACAGAGGACUGGAAGACCUGGGACUCAAGCUCUUCGUCCCUGAAAGGGAUUUAAGGCUUCCAUCCGUCACCACCAUUGCAAUCCCCAACGGUUACGACUGGAGGGAGUUGUUGAUGUACAUAAUGAAACACCACCAGAUGGAGAUGACUGGAGGCCUGGGUCCUUCCAUUGGCAAGGUGAUGAGGAUUGGAUUGAUGGGAUACAACUGUGAGAAGACCAACGCUGACAUGGCACUUCACGCCCUGGCAGACGCUCUCAAGAACUGCAAAAAGAGCAAAGCUUAACAGAGCUUAAGAUCUGGGCAAUGCAUGCAUUUUAGUCGUACGUGUGUGCUUUGGCCUGCAGAGAUUUUAUAAAUAUAUAAAUAAAAAAACACAGGCAAUGUAAAUGUGCCUUUAUAGGUAAAGUAGUUAGUAGUAAAAAAGACAGUUAUGUAGUGGUCCAGAUUGAGUACACUGUAAAAUGUCAAUAAAGUAUGCUUUAUUUUA